AUGGGUUUACCCCAACCUUCGACAGUCAAGGAUGAUGCGCCAACAGCAUUGCGUACGUCUACUUCUUGUCCUCCAGAUUUUGGAGGAGUUAGUGCCUGCGAUUUGGAUGGGCUUCCAGCGGGAAGCUCUAGCAGCAGGGUGCUUUCGUACCCAUUGAUAGGUGAUUUUAAUAGAAAGACCACAUUAGAUGGUCCGAAUGAAUCAAAUGGGUAUUCUAAAGACAAUCAUGAAUUUGAACAUGCAGACCUCCGUGGACUAAAUAUUGAUUCAAGGGAUGGAAAUUCUAGAUCUUUUCCUAAAUUGGUGCCUUCUGUCCACAUGCCGGCAAGAAGGGUUGUGGGCUUUGAUUCUGGUUGUGGAGGUUCUGAUGGAACAGAAACGAAUAUGGUCGAUUCAUCUUUGGUCAACAGUAAUUGCAAUUCGCCAUUUGAUCAGCAUGAACUCCAGGCAAGGAAAAGACUGCUCUCUCCAUUGAAAAAUGUGCUCCCUAAACAGUUCAAUGGUGAUGUGCUCAAUCUUUCUUCUGGUGAUUCUAGAUUUAGGCGUUCUGAUUCAGCCGAUAAACUAUACAGUACUGGCUCCCAAGAUAAUAAAAAAGCCAACACAGGAUGCCUCAAUUCUUUUGAAACACGGGAUACUCCAACCUCUAGGUGCUCCAGCUGGAGCCCAGAAUGGGAUGUUACUAGGAGCAAUUCUAAUUCAUUCACUGAUGGUCCUUUACUUGGGAGCAAGGAUUCUGUAUCCUGUUAUGAUCAUCUAGCAGCUAGUGCACACUCUCCGCUUUCUCUGUCUCCUCUCAGCCCUAAAUAUAUGAACAAAAUUAAGGUGACAGGAUCUCAAAGAUCUAUAAUGAAAGAUCUUGAGAAUGACUUCCUAGAUUUAAAGGAAACUGGAGGUUCUGACAGAGCUAGGAUGCAGGAGGUAUCAGAAGGAACUAACUUGUUACAUGAUGAACUUGAAGUCAUGACACCUAAAUGGAGUUCAUUGAGAAGAUAUAGAAAUUGGGGCCCUGAAUCUUCCCCUACAUCUCCCCGACCUACAUCUCCUCGAAUUGGUUAUGGUCGGAGUUUGUCUUUGCAUGUAAGGAGGUCACUCGUUGGCUCCUUUGAGGAGUCCCUUUUAUCUGGUCGAUACUCGUAUGGAAAAGACAGUCAGACAAUUGAUGGUUUCUUAGCUGUUCUAAAUGUCACUGGUGGUAGUUUCUUCCCCACAACUCAGAGACUUCCAUUCUCAGUAACAAGCAUCGAUGAGGAUAGCUCCUUAUUGUACUAUUCUUCUAUUGAUCUUGCCGGGAGGUUUCCUUCGAAUAACAGCAAAAGCCCGAAGCUCCAAAGAAGCUACAGUAAUAAUGAUUCGCGAUCAGCAAAGAGUCGUUUACGCAUCCCUGUUAAGGGUCGCAUACAACUGGUGGUGAGCAACCCAGAGAAGACUCCACUUCAUACUUUCUUCUGCAACUAUGACUUGAGUGACAUGCCUUCUGGAACCAAGAACUGCAACUCAAAUGACGAAUUAGAAAAAGGAGAUCCGAAAGCAAGAUGUCGAUCAUUGGAUAGUGAUUCUAAUGAAUCAAAUAAGUCUAGUUCUCCUGGAAAUAAGAAAGACCAUUCUGAUUCUGAUGGUUGCUGCUGUCAAAUGAAUAAGUCUGGCAUAGGAGAGAAGAAAUCAUGCUGCUCACCUUCUAAGAUCAAUGAUAGUUCAGGUGGAGCUGCACUUCGCUACGCUUUGCACCUGCGAUUUCUGUGCCCCUCCAAGAAAUCCUCGAAAUCAAUGCUUCGGUGCAAAUCUGAUCCAUCAUCGGCACCAUAUAGCAACAAUACAUUACCCGAGGAAGAGCGGAGGUUCUAUCUGUACAAUGAUCUUAGAGUUGUAUUUCCUCAAAGGCACUCAGAUGCAGAUGAAGGCGAGCUGCGUGUGGAGCAUGAGUUGCCCGCUGAUCCCAAGUACUUUGACAUAAGCAACUGA